AUGAAUGAAUCGAUUCCGCCUGUUGAAGCCCUUGAGAAACCCACUCAGCCCAAAACUGAGGGUUCAAUACGUGGAUUUGAGUGGUGGAGACGAACUUUCCAAUACAAGACAGGUUUGGGACUGACACCAACGGAAAAGAAGCAGUACGAAAACGAUUACGAGUUUGUUUUGCAGCGCAAACAGUGUAAUGACUGCUAUAAGUACCGAGACUGGAUACUACAAUACUCACCCACUGUGAUAUUCAUGGCACAACAAAUUGCAAGACUCAACAGUGGUGGUGGUGGUAAAGAUGAUAGUUUCGAAAAGUCUGGAGAUCAAGCAGUUCUGAAAUUUGACGAAUCGAAAAUCAUUUGCGAUGUGUGUCCCGAGUGGAGAAGUGGCGGGUUCCACCCAGAACUGGGGAUUCUAUUGUGCCAAAACCGGAUUCGCGAUAAAUGGCAUCUCGAAGAUACACUGGCACACGAAAUGGUCCAUUACUACGAUAACACCAGAUGGAUGGUGGAUUGGCUGGAUUUGAAGCACCAUGCAUGCUCUGAAAUCCGUGCUUCAAGUUUGAGCGGUGAGUGUCGUUUCAUGCAGGAAUUUGCCCGCCGUGGGCUGGGAUUCAAAGUCAAUAGAGGUCACCAGGAAUGCGUUCGUCGUAGAGCAACGCUCAGUGUGAUGGGAAAUCCAAAUUGCAAGAACGAACAACAUGCGCAAAAAAUUGUAGACGAAGUCUGGGACAGUUGUUUCGGCGACACACGUCCUUUCGAAGAAAUCUAUCGAUAG